GAGCAGUUGAUUAGUUUAUGAACAGAACAUGAGUUUAAGCUUCAUAAAGGAAGAGCCGCAAGACGGUAUAACUGCUGCCGAGUUUUGCACUUCACCCAGAAACCUCUUGGAAAUCUCCACCAAGGACGAGCCAGAGGAGACUGCCAAGUCUCUGGACUGCGGAGUUGAUACAUUCCUCAACUCCGUGAGAGACUACAACCACCCAACUGUGUCAAGGAACAAUGUAACUUCUAAUGGGACUUCACGAUCUCCAAUCUCACUCGCCAGUAGCUUCACAAAUCCAAGCAGCUUUCUGUCCCCAUGCCAGGAUGCCAGUUACUAUUUCACCCAUGCUCCGGACCUCCAACGAGUUUCCGACUCGCGGUCUCCACGGCGGUUGUCACCUGCCCUGCCGAUCGUGACAUACACAGAAGACGAAGUCAAGAGUCUGGUGCAGUUGGGUCAGUGCAGACUCGUCAAGAUGAAUUCGAAGUCACGGAUCUGGCAACAUUUUGAAAGAGUAUUCAACGAAUUUGGACAAGACACAACUUAUGUUGUGUGUUUAUCGUGCAGAAAUUUAUUGAAGCACAAAUUGACAAGUACCACAGCCCCCCUCGUGGCCCAUGUUCAGCGCUGCAGCGGUCACCGUAUUGCUCACGACAGCCCAGAAUCGCCAGGCUCAAGAUCUUCGGAGUCUGCCUCUCCCCAACUACCUCGUGAUGACUUCGUGAGUCAACCCCAACUCUUCUUCCCUCUCUUCAGCCCUGAACCUGUCACUCAGGACCACCAAAAAUUCAUGUGGCGUUCACCUCCAAACGCCUUAUCGCCGCAAAACCCUUCUCAAAAUGCUGCUAAUAUGACCAUUUUCCCAUCAUUUGACCCAAUCAGCGCAUUAAGACCCCAACUAAGUCCUUUCGGUCACGCUCCCCAAACACCUUCCCCACAUUUCCCCUUCAAUACUCAUGACGGAGUACACUUUGGAGGUUCGGCGCCCCUAAACUCCAGAAAACCGCGACGUUCACGUCACAAAGACGUAUUUCCUCGUCAGACACGACAUCCAGGGGACACGGUUCGGUCGGGGACCAGCAGAAAUACAAUCACUGGAAAAGAGACGUCACUCAAUGGUAGUAAUGAUUCGCAGGAGGCAGGAGCCAACGGAAAGAGCUUAAAUUUGGCAUACAAGGCAGCCCUCGACGCCGCCGUUGCUUUCUGCUGCCUUGAUGGCCGCUGGUUUGAUGACAUCCGUGGCUCAGGUCUUCGGGAGCUGUGUCAGGCAUUCCUCAACAUCGGCGCGCAAUGCGGGACUCUGUUGGCAGAAAAGCUUCUGCCCUCUGCCAGCGAUAUCCGCCACCGCGCAGCUGACAUGGCUGCCCUGAAGCGCAGCCUCGUGGCCGCCGAGCUGGCGCAGAGCGUCGCGUCGGAGGGCGGAUGUCUGGCCGUCGCCACGACGCGGCACGAGGACGGAAGGACUUGGGUGAGCUGCCGACUUCAUGUCGCCGGCAGGAGGGCCAGCGGGGCAUUGGUGGGCACGUGGCCGUACGAUGGCUCAGGACGUCUGCGUCAGCAGCUGCGUGGGGCUCUCGCGCUGCUCGGGCUGCAAGACCAAACAGAUCAACUUAUCAUCCUUGGAGACUCGGUUGCUUACCCUCUUCGUAGCGGUCCUCCUAAACCAGCUGAUGGACCUGCAACUGGGAGGUCACCUCCAUCUGGGGGCAGAAAGCUUACGAUGGCGGAUCCCGUGCCUUGCGGACGGUCCGCGAUUCAGGAUCUCACGUCGCGGAUCCUGAACCACAGCCGCCUGUGUAGGUUUUACGGUGACGCCUUGGCAACAAAUUUGCAGCUGAUUAAGGAUCUCAGAAAUUCGUAUCAUUCAAGUCUCGCUGCAGGCGCCUGCGAUGUGGCAGCGCAAGCCAAAGUAUAUGAGGAUUUUGGCGUAUUCAAUCUUUCUCAAGUGAAAUUUACUUAUCAACGAAAAAAGGAAAUUGAAAAUUUAUUCGCAAAAUCUUGCCUAAAAGCUUCCUGUUCAGAAGCUAUUAGUUCUUCAUGUAAAAUUAACUCGGCAUCAAAUAUCGACGAAUCUUCAAGAAGCAAUUCCUUUAAAUCUGUUUCCGAAUGCGGAGACAUCGCGGCAGUAGACAAUGCAGUUGAAAACACAAAAAAUGCUAUAGUGAAUUCCAAUUUAGAGAAUAUCGCUCAUCAAACUUCAAAAGCUAUGGCGGACUUUGCGAUUCUUUCAGAAAUUUGCGAUUACUUUGAGCCUUUCGAUGCUGCUCUCAGAGACCUGGAUUGUUCCGACAUCAAUGAACCUAGUCUAGGGAAAUUCUUGCCUUGGGUUAAAACUCUACGACAAUAUUCAGCAGAUGCUGAGAAGACUUUGAAGAAUAACACAUCUGAUUCAAAAUUGAAAAAUUAUAGCGAGGAAAGUUCUUGCAUUUAUUGUAAAAGUUCUAAGAAAGUAAAACCGGACAUAAGUCUUCCACAUGAUGGCCGAGAAACGGAAAGUUGCGACUCGUAUACUGGAGCCACAUCGACCAACGCCAUGCCUCUGAAAAGCAAUUCGUGUUUGUCUCUUCAUGAGGUUGGGUUUGAAGUCGUAACGAACUUUUUGAUAGCUCAUCCUGCACAUUUUGUUGCUACAUUCCUCACCCCUCAUUUCAAAAGCCUGGCCAUGCUCGAUGCUGAAGAAACUAAGAAAACUUUGUCAUGGGUAAAGAAGUUAGCAUCAGAUAUUUCCUGCAUUGGUUCGGACUUUUGGAUACCUGAGAACUAUGACCGGGACGCCGGGAUUACAUCGAACCAGACCCGUAUACUGGUUAGCGACGUAAACGAAAUUAAUUCAGCAACAACACAUGUUGUCGAAAAGAAGAACAAUGAAAGUAAGUUUGAUAAUACUUUGAAAAUUAUAAGUCUUGACAUAAGCGAUGAUUCAAAAACUUCAAGACUAAGUAAUGGUGUCAAUGAUCUCGUGGUUGUCCUGGACGAUAAAAGCAUGGAUGAGGACAGUGCAGGAGAAAAACAGAAGAAUCCAACGUUGAAGGCUUUGCUUGAGGACGAUUCCUCGAACUUGUACCAGAAGCCUCCCGUCAGGAGCUGCAGCAGACCUCGUGGGCAUCCUACGUUGGUUUCUCUGUUAGAAAGCAAUAUGACAGUUUCACCUACUGCGAAACGAUGUAUGGAAUCCCUGCAGAACAAUGGAUCUGAAACGGACGGGGAUGCUGUACAUAAAAAAUUGAGAAUAAUACCAGAUGUUAUUUUUGGAAGAGACGCCCAUGACGGUUGCAGUGCAGACGACGGAAAAAAGGACAAAAUUCAACUUAAUCAUGGAGAUUUCUCUGAAGACAGAACCGUCCCUAGUGAGGCCAAUGAAGCAAUCGAAAAUUCAUCCGGCGGAUUUUCAAGCGGAAUAGUAAAAAAUAACGAAAAGAAUAGAAAGUAUUGCACUGACGUGGAUACGAGCAGGCUUGUCGACACACAUGGGUCCAGCCAUGGGUCCAGGAGCAAGAGUCGCUUCACGUCAAUCGCCCACUACAUGCAGUCGAAUCCAGGCGAUCAAAACGGAGAAGACUCGCCUGUGGACCUUGAACUUAGCAGGUACCAAGGGCUGCCCUUCCCCCCGUCGGGCACGGCUACCGACGAAUGGUGGCGACAGAAGGGUCCCCAGCUGCCGACGUUGGCCGCGCUGGCCCGUCGGUUGUUGUCGGUGCCAGUAACUGUCACGGCGAUACCGAUCCCUGAUGGUCAUCGCAGGUGGCCUCGCCAAGCCGACAAGACUGAGGCGGAGGACACUGUAGUGAAUGAUAUUAAUAACUUGAUGUUCCUAGCGGCAGAUUGGUAGUAAUUUAGCUUCUUUUCCAAUAUUUUGGGAUAAAAGAACUGUAUAUUAUCUUUUCGUCGAUGACAUGGACAAUUCUAUGGUUAAUAGAAUUUUUUACCGACUAGCGCAGUUUCAUAUUUUGCGUUACCUCGCUGUGUAUAUUUUAACGAUUGAAAUUAAUUCUAACGUAAAGGUAAAAUUUCUUAUUUAUUAUACAGCACGUGUAUUUUUCCAGCAUAAACUUCUUAUUUUGUUUGGUUAUCAAAUCUCGUGAUUUUCAAAACUAAUUUGUUUUGCGAUCAUAUGAACU